AUGUCUGCGCUGCUGUUGUGGAGUAGGACGAAGGUAUUGGUCACGCCGUUCAACAGCUCCAGCCAGCUUCAACUACUUAGUCUGGUACAAGAUGAACACGAGAUCGACUUCGAGAACGCGAUAACGAAGUAUAAUGAGCAGGCAGUUAAAGGCACGCAUAGGGAGAAAGAUAGGAAGUCGAGUCGAGAUAGUGAAGCACUUCGAGAAGAGGCUGAACAAGGUGUUGCCGGCGAGUACUUGUCGGCGUUGUUCAGGCAGAGAGCCACCGUCGACGGCUCGAUCAGGAAGAUCCUCCCGAUCAUGUCGUGGGUAUCCAACGACUCCAACAUAACAGCGAAGACAAUGAAACCUGUGGUCUCCACCGUGAUCAUCAAGGGGAACGCGCUUGAUAUCAUGUCCGCGAAGACGAACUUCAGCGACCUCAUCCAGAUCAUCGAGCCUAUGACUAUGUCCCCGAGCAAUACUGUCGUCGUAGACGGGGAGAUCAAGGGGAGGUGGGCCGGGUGGAUGACGUUGAAGGAGCUUAAGAGGACGAAGAUAGGCAACCAUCGUGCAUUCAUUGCAACUUUUCCGGCAGCUCGAUCAUGUUUAUGGUUAGGCACAGAAAGACAAAGGUGGUCAUCUUGGUGA